UUUAAAAGUUUAAGGCAAUUCUGUGUUGCAGCACUGCUGUAUUUAUAAAGAGAGAAGAGGAAGGAGGCAUUUCACUGGAAAAGUCAAAACAGAAGUUGAAGAAGAGAAAGAGAAUGAGGGGAAGAGAGUAAAUACACUGCAGCAGAGGAGGAACAAGGGACAGAGAGUGAGCAGAUGAACAGACAGACAAAGAGUUUGGAUUUUCAAAAGCAGUCAGCUGGUCGGGAGGAAACAAUCUCUGCUGCAUCCCGGAAAAAGAGUGAGUGAGGGAGACAGACGAGGAAAACAUGCAGACAUGCAGAGGACUGAGAGGUGAUGAGGUGGGGAUACAAAAACAAUCAAGGAAUCUAAAUACGUUCUUUGGAUGGUUGACAAAAUAAGAAAUUUGCACUCUUCAAAACAUGACUAAGCGUAACAGCAACAGCUAGUACUGAUUCUGGUCAGUGGUUCCUGUUAACUUUGUCACAGGGAAAAACUGAAGAAAAGCGAAUUAGGACAUGUAAUAAAAAAGAAUUAGUGGUAGAUGGAAAAGGAAAAGAGGAAUUAUUUGAGAGUGUGUACAUGCUUUUCUGAUAGGUCUCACUAUGGUAGUUGAACGUUUGUACUACGUUGAAUAGAGGGAGUGGAGAGAGACAGACUGAGAGACUUAAGCACCAAAAAAGGUAUUGAGUCAGAGCUGGAGAAACUGCAGGCUUGACAGAUGCUGCACAGCGAUGGUGAGCCACAGAGAGAGAAGGACAAGGGGAGAGACAGACGGAGAGGAUGGAACACACUUAUAAAGACAAAAAGUAGAGAGAAAAGAAAGUUACGGUAAACUAGAAGCGUGGGAAAGAAGAGGGAACUGACCUGUUCAAAGAAGAAGUUUGUAUAGAAAACACACACUUCUGUACAGUGGUUAAGCAGAUAAGGUAUAAAGAAAAGGGAAGGUCAGGAGUGACAGGGGGUGGGAUUAGGUUAUGAUCCAGAAUGAUAUCAAAAAAGUGACUGUGCAUGUCGGUGAGGGGUGCUGCCAACAAAAGAAAGUGAGGGUGGGCUGUUACUGUAAAUGUGAUUCUCAAGAGACCAACCAGAGUACUCUAAGCCAAGAGGAAAAAGAAGAUCCAGCUUGUCUCACUGAAUCUAACACCCCAUGGACACCAGGAUUUCACUGCAACUCUAAACCAUACACACACUUCACCCAUUGGGCGUCAUGUCAACUAGCCCUAGCCUUGGUGCACCUGACCUAGCAGAGGGUCCCCAGACCACAGGACCUGUUGGACUCCAGACCCUUUUGGACCUACUUGUGGGCGUCUAUCAGGAGUUCUACUCCUCAUCCUUUGCAAGAGAAAAAUAUAUCUCUGGUUUCCUGCAGUGGGCUGAGCCCCUGGUGAGGCAGGUGAGGAAGACUCGCAUCAAAAGAGAAGACUUUCACAUCCUGAAAGUGAUUGGCAGAGGCACAUUCAGUGAGGUUGCUGUGGCGAGGAUGCGAAGCACACAACAAGUGUACGCUCUAAAGAUUAUGAAUAAGUGGGACAUGCUGAGGCGAGGAGAGACAGCAUGUUACCAGGAGGAGCGGGAGGUUUUAGUAAGGGGUGACAGACUCUGGAUUACAGAAUUGCACUACGCCUUUCAGGACGACAACUAUUUGUACCUGGCAAUGGAUUACUAUGUAGGAGGGGACCUGCUGACUCUGCUUGGUAAAUUUGGAGACCGGAUCCCUGAGGACAUGGCUCAGUUCUACCUGGCUGAGAUGGUCAUGGCCAUUGACUCCGUCCACAGUCUGGGUUAUGUACACAGAGACAUCAAACCGGACAACAUCCUACUGACAGCUGACGGACACAUCAGACUGGGGGACUUUGGUUCCUGUCUGAGGAUCCUAGAGGAUGGGAUGGUUCACUCAUCGCUUGCAGUUGGGACCCCUGAUUAUUUGUCUCCAGAGAUUUUAAGAGCAGUAGAGGGAGGUGGAGGUUAUGGUCCUGAAUGUGACUGGUGGGCUUUGGGUGUGUGUGCCUAUGAAAUGCUGCUGGGGACCACACCUUUCUACGCAGAGUCCAUCUCUGAAACAUACGCUAAGAUCAUCAACUUUCCGGAGCAUUUCAAGUUACCUCCUGGCCCUGAGAUUUCAGGAAAGGCCCGAUCCUUCAUCACUGGACUCAUCUGUGAGAAGGAAACCCGUCUGGGGAGGAAAGGCAUGAGUGACUUCAGGAGCCACCUGUUCUUCUGUGGACUGGACUGGGGUUCCCUGCAUAAACUCUCCGCCCCCUUCCUACCUGAAGUAUCCAAUCCAACUGACACCUCCAACUUUGACAUUCUGGAUGACUGUCUUAGUGAAAUGGAGACCCUAUCUGAUGUAAUGGACAUAGUACCAAUAGGGGUACACCUGGCUUUCGUUGGAUAUUCUUACACUGCUACCAGUCAGACAGGUGCCAUCGACCACAGUCAAGACAUCAUGAUGCAGAUUGACCAGACAAGGCUCAGGGAGUUUGAGGGUCUGUGCACACUGGAGAAACUGAGCCAGCUGUUGCAUCUCACAGGCACUCUACCAGAUCACCUGCCUGCAUUAUUGGAGCUCCCACUCACUCUGGAGCAAGGUUGUGCUGCAUCCACCCACAUCAAAACUGAGGAGGCAAAGGAGACUGACGAAAUAUCAGGACUCAGUGAAGACUUACAGCGGUUACACAAAGCAGAGAGAAGAUAUUGUGAGCUGGAGAAAGAAAUGGAGAGAUUAAAGGGGGAGAUGCAGGACUGGAGAGCCCCCAAGGAAUCAGUCACAGCGCUGAAUAUCUGCCCAGCCACUCUUGCUCUGCCUGCCCACUGUGUGGACAUACCAGGGGAUAGGAAGAAAGCACUCCCAGCCUGCCAUUACCCACUGGUGAUUCCUCUUCAUCGUCACCUGCUCCUGUUCCACAGGGUUCGACUUCCACAGGUGACGAGUGAGUUAUACCUACUGGUGUGUGCAGAAUGGGGGAAGGUCCAAGCCUGGGAGAGACACUGUCAUACUGACCUCACAUGAGUGCAUGUUGAGGUGACACAUGCUGACUUCCCAUUAUAGCAGCACAGAGGACUGAGCCACUGCUCUAUGCGCAUUCAAUGCCCCACUCAUCAGCCUCCUAAACUCAUCCUAAAAAGAAAGGAAAAGCAAAACAAAAAUGCUUCUGAUGAGAACGUCUUGAGUAUCUUGUUACUGUGGGAGCAUCUCAAAAUGAAUUGAUAAGAGAAGCAAUUCAGACUGCUGAGAGCUAAUGAGGAAGAAAUGAUGAGGAUAUUUUCUGACCUGCCUUGCCUGCUUACCAGACUGAAAGUUACAGUAGAGCUGCAAUGAGUUCAGAGCACACAGAGAAAAAUACUUGUCUUACUUUAACCUGUUACAAGAAUGAUGUAUCUAAAGUAAGAAAGUUCAACCCUGGUGUCCUUUGAAAUGUAACUUGUCAAAUUUUACAACCAAAAAGUCGGAAUGAGUAGAAGAGUUACUGAACCAAAGCUACAUAAACACGGUAGAGAUGUAUGUGUUCUAUGGAAAUCCUCAAAUGCUAUGCACAGAUAGAAUCAGAAGACUUACAACUUGAGUGUGUAAUUUGUCAGUGUUGUAUGAAGACUGAGUCUGGUGCAGACCGAAACACACCUAACACACCGUUCACUCCAUGAGUAAAGUACCUUCAGACAUUUUAGACUACGAUGGUUUGAGAAAGGACUCAAACACCAUCUUUUUUCAAACUUUAUUGUGAUCUAGACUGGGUUUUAUUGAAUUGAUGCAAUUGCUAAUUUUUCCCCUUAUUGCACUCAAUAACCCACAGUCUAGGAUAGACAGGGAAUUGACUUAUUGCAUAGAAGCAUCACCUGCCUGUAGCGUACAUACCUAUCCUGGCAUCAGUCACAAGCCAUUAAAGAAGUUCAUUGUAAGGACAUGCAGAGUUAUGGACUCAAAAUUGACACUUUUUUACUCUUCCCACCAUCAAACUAUCAAAUUGAUAGGAAACAGAAACAAAAGACCCUUCUCUCACAAACAGAUCAUGCUUUUAGCAUGUCAGAGAGACACUCAACCAGACCAAGGGGUCAAAGGGUCAGCUCCAGAGGAUCAACGAAUGGACACCAGUCAAACUGGAAAGCAUAGGCAAAAUCUCCAGUUUUUAAUAAUAAGAUUCUGCCUAUUGAUAUUUAAUUGUUUGUUAUAUCAGAAAAAUAACAACAAAAGAACUGAUUAUCACAAAGAUGUGAAUCCUGGCCUCUCUGUGCCAUGCAUGAAAACACACACACACAGUUCCUCACUGUUCACACCUGGGGAUGACCCUCCCCCAGGGACCUCAUUGACCAGUCAGUGUUGGUCAGUGUGUGACAUGUGACCCCCCAAGGGUGUCACCAAACAAAACCAGAUCUCCUUCUUUGUUCUCGUUCUUUUCUCUUUUUGGCUUGCUCUGGAAAGAAACUCCUGCUCUCCCUUCUCGGCUCUUCAAGGAGCACCAAGGCCCCAGCCCAGGUCAACUCUGCUACCUGAAACAACAGCUCUCUUGCCAGCCUGCUCACAGCAGACUGCAACACUCUUCUCCUCACCAGCAGCGACCUGCUUAGGAUAAACUGAGAGUGAACCAAGUUCUCUUCAGAAUCAGUGGCUACAUCAAGGUCAGCUAGCUGAUUUUCCAAGCAACAGGAGCCAGAGCAGAGCUAGUGUGGAACAACUCCCAUCUCCCUCUAACCUGGCACCUUUAGAUUAGGGCUACACUGUAAAAUGUUUUCGCUGUUAAAGAACAGUAAACAACUGGAAGCAGGGUUGCCAUUAUUUUACUGUAAAAUUAACAGUACUAUGCUGUUGCUGCUAUUUACAGUUUGCUACCGUUUUUGUAAAUACAGCAAAAAGCUGUUAUUUUCUACUUUUACAGUAAAAUACUGAUGAAGGAUUGGCAUUUUAUUACUGUUUAUUUAAACUUUUUUCACAGGAGCUAUAUUUGCAUAUUUUUACCGUUAACUGUAGUACAUAUAUCAAACAUGCUGCAGUAUAACUGCUAACAAAAAGAACUAUAUUUUUUUCCCCUAAACUUUAUGAGUUGAUAAAUUAUUCCUUGGCAGUCUUGCUAUAAAACUAUAUUUUAAUACAUUGAAUAAACAUGGUCUUUGAAAUUGCAACUUAAAAUUUUAAGACAAAUAAUACUGCUUCAAAGUGUCUUUUCAAACCACAUCUCUCUUUAUUAAGUUUGUGAAAACACAAGUCUUGUAGUCUGCAUGAACAUUAAACACACACAAGAAAUAUUAUCAAAAUUAAUCAAGUGGGUCUCUAACAUAAGAUGUUGUACUGUAUGUGUAUAUUUAUAAGGAUUAUAUGAGGGAACAGCUUAAGGAGUGAAUGAGUGGCCAAGUGAACUGAGAAAAGAGUGUGGCUAAGACAUUAACAGUGUGUGUGAGUGAGUGAGUGUGUGAUCUGACUUGUGUAGAAUCUCACUCAAAGUCCUUAAUUUCUUUAGUAGACUGGAGACACAAGGGUUGACUGAUGCCAUCUUUUUCAGGGUGACCUUCCCCAGACUUUGACCCGUCCAGCCUUGGUGCCUCUGUCAGGAUUUAUGCCCAUGAAUGGCCUGAAAAACAAGAGUGUGUAUUCAGGUGGGGAAAUAGAAACAUGUACUUUCAUGGUGUCGAUUAAGUAAUAGUAGUUUUGGAAGUAAUAGUUUCGCCUUGAUUAGUGUCAGAAAAGCUUCCUUAACAUGCUCCAGUAAUCAGAUGUUUUAGGCAGCAUGUAUGUAACAUGUGAGACAAAACUCAACAAAUACAAGGUCAACGUGAUCAAAGCUUCUGUGAGCACACAGUACCAGUUGAAGGAUGUAAGCAUCUCACCUUUGAAUGAAUUCCAGUGUGCAUGCAGCAUCAUCUUGGGACUGAAGAUUGAAGUUGUAGUGGGUAGAAAAGACUGCAGCGAGCGCGGUCAGCUGGUUGGGUGCCCUCACAAACGAAGUGCCCCUCAGUGCUGAUCAUGAAGUGGUGAAUACAACUUCCUGGUGUUUCACCUGAAAUUUGACAAAGAAAAAAAACGCAUUGACAUUGUCACACUGCAAAUGAUAUGUACCAGGGAAACUGAAAUCCUUCUACCCAUUCAUAGAUGAGUCUUGUUCUUUUUCCUUUAUACAUUAUAAGGUGUUAUGAUAUAGAACUGAACCGUGUUGAACAGCCACAUUAUUUCUGCUCUGUUCAGUGUAAUAAUAGUGGAAGUAACAUAUGAUGACAGUUAGCUUGCUAACAUUAGCAAACAAGCUCCCGGUCAAUUAAGUCCCGACUGUAAAAUAACAUUAUCAUUAAAUUAAAUUAUUAUUAAUAAUAAUUAAUAAUUAAAAUCAGCAGCGUCCUUUGGAGACGUGCACUUAGCAGAUACUAACUCAAAGUAAAGUUAAGAUGAAACUCACCCUGUAGUUUGGAGGAUCUAGAUCAGAGUCCUUUCUCUGUCACACAGAUAGAAACAUUUUCAGAUCACAACAGAAGGAUUUUUUACCACUUAGCAAUUGUACAGCUAUACAUCGAAGUAGCUAAUGUUAGCUGACAAAGUACACACUGUUUGCUUGUGUUUGUGUGUCAGCUCAGACUCUGAUCUCAAAUGACUUAAACUUAAUUCAAGUCCAAUGCUCUUUACAUUCACUCUGAAUACAGUUCAUUUUAGCGAAAUAAUCCUAAACAUAAAGAUAAGCUUAAAGUAUCUUAAAGACUAACAUUACAAGUAAAAUAGCACGUCUUGUUUAAUGGCAUUCUACUAGAUAAUCAAUACAACUUGAUUGGAAAUGUGAUGUAUUUUGCCUAUAACAACCAAGGCAAAAAGACACUCACCCAUUCAUUUGAAGGAUGAAGAUGGGUGAAAAAAUUCAAACUGCACUGUCAAGUCAAACGUGUCACUCUCUGUUUUCCCAAAAUGCAUUGCAAAAAAUACUGUAAAUUACUUUUCUUUCCCCCAAGCAAUAAUACUGUAAAAUGCUGUUUUAAUGGUGUUUCAAGAGAAAAAUUUACAGUAACAGAACACACAGAUCUGAGGAAAAAAUAAAUAUCUAACUGUUCUGUAACUCAUGAGAUGUUUCUAUGUAAUAGGUCAAUCCCAAAAUUCUAACCUAUUGAAUAGUUGAAAUGUAACAUGUAGACAAUAUCUUUCAUGUGAUCAUACUGUCAGCAUCCUUCACACAAAGUAACACACACUACAUGACAUCCAGAAUGUCCAUAUUACAGUCAAAGAACUGCUGUGUAAUCCACAUGUAUAGACUACUAGCUUUAGGAAUGUUUAUUGUGUUGUUUGAUCAGUUUACCACUAGUAUUAUGAUUCAUUUCAGGUUUUGAAGGAUGUAAUAUGGAAUCCACACUUAUGUUAUUCCUGUCUGUCAUUAUUAGUGCCAUUAGGUUUAUGUUGUUUCAUUUAAUGUUUUAUGGUCAUGGUAGAAGACGGAUGUGCGAGUCUAUAGAUAAACUCUAGAAUUAAACUAUUCAAAAGUUCCGUGGAAAAUUUCUCUCCUCCAAGUUGAAACACAGCAGAAGACAGGUAAUGCCCCUGAAAUGUGCGCAAGCCCCCAGGGGAUAAAACAGUCGUGAUCAAUUCACACAUUGCUCUGUAGCUAUGUAGCUCUAAGUCAUCAGCUCUUUGCUCUCAGCUGCUUGCCACAAACUCAUGGCUCUUGGCCACAGGCUUUUAGCUACAGCUCCUAGCCAUUUUUGCACUUUAUUGUUUGUCCGCAUCCUUUAUCCUUUCUUUGCUACCUGCUCCAAGUAAUAUUCUUUUUGUCUACUCGCACGAUCUGCUGUUUUUAUCAUUCAAGCCAAGUCAAGACCAACUGAACCAAAACAACAGAAGUGCCUCAGAGUAAUGUUGUAACUUUUUUGUUAUCAUCACGUUUUCCUUUUUGAAGAUUUUUGACAGAUUUAGAGUCAUCUGGUCAACGCCAGUGUCCUCUAAAGUUAUCCAGCCAAAGUGAAGAGCAUUAGAGUUUAUAAUAUGUCACCGUGAUAAUGGGACACGGCCUCCAGGAGCAUCCACCUAGAUCCUGCGUCACCAGGGUUACCACGGCAACCACAGCCACCUGGGUUCCAGCCAAGGGUCUCCAGCUACAGCGCAACUCACAGUUGGCCGGUCUUAACACUCUGCUCAUGACUGGGUUGAUGUUGAAAUAUAGUAAUAUAAAAAUCAUCAAACAUCCUUUGUAGACGUAGUAUCAUUAGCUGUAUAGCCAUAACAUAUUCUCUCCCAUCAUUGCCAACUCAUCACACUGCUCAUUUCAUUAUUAUUUUCAUCUUUAUGAUUAUUACACAUUGCAUUUACUCUGUAGAUAGUAGUUUAGUUAAUAAAAUUCUUUA